AUGGUGAACGUACUUAUUGCAAUCACUUCUUACAAUGAAGUUUUCCACCCAACUGGCGAAAAGACUGGGCUCUACUAUACUGAAGCAAUUCACCCCUUUGAAAAGUUACAUGCUGCUGGUUAUAAUGUCCAGUUUGCUUCCGAAACUGGUAAGUGGGGUUAUGAUGAACAUUCUAUCAAGAAGGAAUCGUUGAGUGCAGAAGACUAUGAAACGUUAACAAAUGAACAAUCCGAAUUCAACAAGGCAUUGAAAAAUACCAAGAAGGCUUCAGAGCUUGACUCUAAGGACUAUGAUAUCUUUUUCGCAGCCGGUGGUCACGGUACAGUAUUCGAUUUCCCAGUAGCAAAAGAUUUACAAAGUAUUGCUGCUGACAUUUAUGCUAAGGGUGGAAUCGUUGCUGCUGUAUGUCACGGGCCAGCUAUUUUUGAAGGUUUACUUGAUAAGACAACAGGUAAGUUAUUGAUUGAAGGCAAGAAAAUUACUGGUUUCACUGAUGAGGGUGAAAAACUCUUGAACCUUGAUGGAGUUUUUGCUUCUAAGCACCUUAAGACCGUUAGAGUAGUUGCAGAGGAAAGUAAUGCCACCUAUGUUAGCCCAGCCGGAGCAUGGGAUGAUUUUACAGUUACAGACGGCAGAAUUAUCACUGGAGCCAAUCCCCAAUCUGCUGCAUCAAUUGGAGCAGAAAUUGUCAAGGCAUACAGCGCAUUGUAG